AUGCUAACGGACAUGACACCGACCGCCGGUCAAUUGUAUGGCUCGCAGAUUCCAGCUAUGGCAGGCAUGAACAUUACUAACAUAGCGACACAUUUGCAGAAGCCGCAAGUAAAUCCGGAUCAUCCCAGCUUAAGAGGUACUCCGCUAGCCAUGCUGGCCGCCCAGUGCAAUAAGCUGUCGAACAAAUCACCACCGCCGCUAGCUGAUGCGGCCGUUGGCAAGGGGUUCCAUCCCUGGAAGAAGAGCCCACAUUCCCCUGCAGCAGGCAGCACUGGCGCACCCGGUGGCGGCGCAUCGAGCCUUAGCGGUAGCAGCAGCGUCGGACAGCACUCCCCUUGCGCAAUCUCAGCAGCAAGCUCGUCUAGCUCCACUGGCAGUGGAAGCGGAGGAGGAGGUGGCGGAGGUCAAACAUCACGCAGCCUCUCGUCCAGUGCUAACAGCAGCACCAUGGUGAACAUUACUGCUAGUCGUCCGCUCGCCUCGUCUUGCGCGGCCGUGGGCACCUCGGCCUCCGCAUACGGCAGUGAUUUGUACUUUCCCAACACAUCCACAUCGUCAGGCAGCAUGGUGGCGGACAAUCAUCACAUGCAUCAGGGGCUUUUGGGCAAAGUUGAGGGAGCCGCCUUUGGUUCAGUCUACUCGCGCCACCCGUAUGAUUGGCCGUUCAAUGCAGUGACCGCAUCCGCGCACAAGGCCGCUGAGGCAGCUAGUGUCAACUCGGGUUGGUGGGAUAUGCACAGCGCUGCCGCCGCCGGUAGCUGGCUGGAUAUGGGAAGCGCUGCAGCCGCUGGCAUGCACUCGACAAUGGCCAACUAUGCAAGCGCUGCGGCUGCGGGUACAGAUUACAGCUCUGCAUUGUCGCAUUCACUUUCGAAUACGGCACAUUUAUUGGGAUCCGGACAGCACUUACUGCAGGAUACAUAUAAAAGUAUGCUGCCAGGCCAGGGCGUAGGUGGCUUUUCGCUACCACACAGCUCACCUUCAGCGGCAGCCACUGCGGCUUCGCCACAAGCUUCAACCCCAUCAACACCUUCACCGCGUUCACAGCGACGAUAUGCGGGACGUGCAACUUGCGAUUGCCCAAACUGUCAAGAGGCGGAGCGCUUAGGACCAGCUGGCGUGCACCUACGUAAGAAGAACAUCCACUCCUGCCAUAUACCUGGUUGCGGCAAAGUUUACGGCAAAACGUCUCAUCUGAAGGCACAUUUGCGAUGGCACACCGGCGAGCGUCCCUUUGUGUGCAACUGGCUGUUCUGCGGCAAGCGUUUCACACGCUCCGACGAGCUGCAGCGGCAUUUGAGGACGCAUACUGGCGAGAAGCGCUUUGCUUGCCCAGUGUGCAACAAGCGUUUUAUGCGCAGCGACCAUCUGGCAAAGCACGUAAAGACGCAUAACGGCACAGUCCCCAAUGGCAUUAAAAAGGGCUCCUCGGAGUCGUGCAGCGACUCUGAGGAGGCAGCCAAUCAGUCGGGUGAGUCGAACGGGUUGGGCGGCGCGUCCAGUGGCCAACAGACGGGCGCAGGUGGUGGCGGCGGGGGUGGCUCCGCCAGCUCCAGCUCCGGCACCGGCAGCGCUGGCUCCGGUGCAGGCAACAGAGCUGGCAGCCAUCCCGGCACCCCAACCUCGCUGCAUGCGCAUAGCGCCUCCAGCACGUCCAGCAGUCUGCUGGGCGGCGGUCUGCACCUGGCCACGCCGCACCAGAUGGUCGCCGCGGGCGGCUCGCCGGUGAUGCUGCAUCAACAUCAGCAGCAACAGCACCAGCAGCACUCGCAUCAGUCAGCACAUCAGCAACAGCAGCAGCAACAACAGUUCUCUCAGCAGCAAUCACAUCCACAUGCGCACCUACAUCAUCAUCAUCAUCUGGUAGGUGCAUCAGCACCUAGUCCUGGUCUGGAUCAUCGACUGGAUCAUAGCGCUUUAGUCGACAUUAAGCCACCGAUGGUUUGAGGGUCGCUGGGACCCUUUUUGUUUACCAAUUGAGCAGAAAUGGGUUCCUGGACGCAGUUUAAAAUGAAGCUGCCUUGCGGGCAGCAUUGGGCAGAAUCAUAGUUAGUAGGAG